CUGAUAACGACAAUUUUUACGUUUUCUAGUCAUAAUUUUCGUCGUUUUCGACCCAUUUUAGUGCCGCCGAAUAAGUCUUGAUUUCUCAAUCAACUAUUUUUGUACUGUUACUGUUUACUUUUCUCCUCAGGUAAUUCGUGAGGUUUGAAUUAAGAGUCAUGCCUACCUGGAGUCAAAUUCAAUCUCAACUUCAGAAUGCUAACAAUCCGGUGGUUUUUUUCGAUAUCAUGGUGGGAGCCACAGAGAUUGGAAGAAUGAUAAUGGAGCUUUAUGCAGAUGUAGUUCCGAAAACAAGUGAAAACUUCAGACAGUUUUGCACCGGGGAGUACAAACGAGAUGGAGUCCCCUAUGGUUACAAGGGAGCUAGUUUCCAUCGAGUCAUCAAAGACUUUAUGAUUCAAGGUGGUGACUUCGUAAAUGGUGAUGGCACAGGUUUGAUGAGUAUCUACGGGGGAAGCACUUUUGCCGAUGAGAAUUUCAUUUUAAAACACGAUGCACCAGGACUUCUUGCUAUGGCAAACAGUGGAAAGGACACAAACGGAUGCCAGUUUUUCAUAACAUGUGCUAAAUGUAAUUUCCUCGAUGGCAAGCAUGUCGUGUUUGGUCGUGUAAUCGAUGGAUUAUUAGUCAUGAGAAAAAUUGAGAAUGUUCCGACUGGACCAAAUAAUAAACCAAAAAUACCAGUCAUUAUUUCUCAGUGUGGGCAGAUGUGAUGAAAGCAAUCAAGUUUUCAUGUUCCACAACAAACAUCAAAAUCCAAACUUGGGCGAUCACACCUCAUGGUGUGAAGGGGCGGUGAUCAAAACUGGGUUUGCCAAAAAUCCAGGCCAGUGCUAUUUUCCUACAGAUAGGCCAAUUAUUGUGUUCAAAGUGGAAGAAAGUGUAGUGUCCCAACUCCUAUGGUUUCUCGUCAGUGCAGGUACCUUCAUAAGACUCAAUAUUCAGGACGAAGUUUAGGAGCUAUCUUUAAAAUAUUUUUUCUUGACUCCGAAUUUUGGACGAGAGAAAAAUUUUUUCAGUUGAAUUCAAAACUAUUCCCAACUCAUUUCUUCCCGAAAUGCAAUUCAGUAUAUUUCUGUUGACUUUGGUCCAAUGAAAGUACCCGCAAAAGAAAUAUUUUGCCAGCUCUGCUAUCUGAAAGUCUCUCCGGCAGCUGUUGUUAACCCAUGCACCCUUAAAAAGUUCAGUUGUGAUAUGUCGAGCCUCAUGCUAAGAUGGCAAGUUGCGUCUUGAGUUUGAAGGGAACCAUUAUGAUCGCCGGCAAAGUCUGUUAGGUUCCCAUCUUUGUUAGAUAAAAGAAAAAGGAAAGCCUUUUUUGGUAGUUUCUUUGAAAACUUGACAUGCUGAUAGUAUUCCAAACAAUGGUCUGGUCAAUUUAUGUUGUCUGUCAACUUGCAAAUUAACUUCUUUCAUAACACCAGUUGUAAAUGGACUACAUUUAGCAAUAAAACUGGCAUUUCUAGCUUAUCCAAAAAAACAACUAUCUGCUGAAAAAAACUAUCGACACACAUGCUGUUUCUGAAAUGAGCUAGGCAUAGUAGUUCUAAAUGGUAAAUUUAGUCCAAAUUUGAAUAAAAAGCAUGAGGGUCAUUUCUGCAGGGGAUCUUUUAUAUUAAACUUUUCAAAUCUUUGAGCCCCUUUUUAUGUCUGAUAUUUGUUUUACAACAAGAACUUACUACUCUGCUCAGAUGAGUUCGAAGAAUUUUAGCUUCUAAGGUUCAAAUGUAUUAACUGUGUUAAGAUAAUGUUUUUAUUAUUUUUUUACUGAAUGAAAAAGAAUAAUACAUAUGUAUUGAGCAAAGUGAAAAA